AUGGCCUUCCUCUCCCGACAGAAUCUUCAGGAGAUCCUUCAAACCAUCUCAGUUCUGCAGUGGCUCCCAGUCUACAUAUUUUUAGGAACUAUUCCGAUUGUCCUUAUACCCUACUUUCUGGUGUUCACUAAUUUCUGGACCUUGCCCGUGCUCACCUUAGCCUGGCUCGCCUAUGAUUGGAACACCCACAAUCAAGGUGGUAGGCGUUCAGCUUGGGUACGAAAAUGGACCCUCUGGAAAUAUUUCCGAAAUUACUUCCCAAUAAAGCUGGUGAAGACUCAUGACCUUUCUCCUAAACACAACUAUAUCAUUGUCAACCAUCCCCAUGGUAUUGUCUCAUAUGGUGUCUUCAUCAACUUUGCCACUGAGGCCACUGACGUUGCUCGGAUUUUCCCAGGCAUCACUCCUUCUGUAGCAACCUUGGAAUGGAUCUUCUGGAUCCCAAUUGUGAGAGAAUAUGUGAUGUCUUUGGGUGUGUGCCCCGUGAGUGAGUUGGCCGUGAAGUAUUUGCUGUCUCAGAAAGGCUCAGGCAAUGCCGUGGUUAUCGUGGUGGGCGGAGCUGCUGAAGCCCUUUUAUGCCGGCCAGGAGUUUCUACCAUCUUCCUUAAACAUCGUAAAGGUUUUGUGAAAUUGGCACUGAAGACAGGAGCACACCUUGUCCCUUCUUAUUCCUUUGGAGAGAAUGAGGUGUACAAUCAAGAGACCUUCCCUGAGGGCACAUGGUUAAGGUUCUUUCAAAAAGGCUUCCAGGACACAUUCAAAAAAAUCCUGGGACUAAAUUUCUGUACCUUCCAUGGCCGAGGCCUCACUCAAGAAUCCUGGGGCUUUCUGCCUUUCAAUCGGCCCAUUACCACUGUUGUUGGGGAGCCCCUGCCAAUCCCCAUGAUUAAGAGUCCAGACAAGAAGACCGUGGACAAAUACCACACACUCUACAUCAAUGCCGUGCGCAAGUUGUUUGACCAGCACAAAGUUCAGUAUGGCCUUCCUGAGACCCAGGAGCUGACAAUCAUAUAA